AUGGCUAUGAUUUCGCAGGAUUUCGGAAAUACUGCAUCCGGUGCCAGUGUAAGUCAGAGAAGUCGGACCCAGAGAGUGGUAAUUCAUAUCCUUCACCAAGCACUGAGACUGGUGAGAAGUCGUGUCGGUAGCAAGGAAGCCGCGUAUCCCCUUUUACUGGCAUUGUUUCUGUCUCUGUCCCCCAGAGCGGCGCACGAAGCCACUCGGCUCCGAUUGAAGGCGGCGAUAGACGGCUUCGGACAUGGUCAGGGCCUGGGAAAAGCCCCAACUACGGGCAACGAUGGCAGUCAGCUUCUCGACACCACUGUCGACAUCACCUGCUCAAUUGCUCACUGUUGUGGGAGAGCCACUGGCCAGCCAUCCAACUCGUACUUUGCCAAAGUCUGCGAACUCAUCGAUACCAUUCAGACGCCAAGGUUCGCAAGAUUGAGAGGCAAUGGUGCCUUUGUUUUGGCCCAAAAGACGGACGAUCUACGCGAUCUCGUGUUUGCAGAGACGUUGAAGAAAGACCUGGCCGAGAGAGACGGCAUGGUCGUAGCCAAGGGCAACUUUACGGGGUUUCGGUGGGAAGAAGGCAUCAGCGAAUGGAUUGCAGUAAGCCCGUUGGCAAGAAGGCAAGGAGACUUCAGCCGAGAAACCCUACCUCGGCGCCGAAGCGGAAGACACAACAGUGGCAAAGACGACGUCCGGGUGCUGGCGGAUCGAUCGGAGCCGGAUCCAACCACGGAAGGAGCCGACAAAACCGGGCCUUUGGUUACCGCAAGCCCUGGACUGACGGGUCAGUCCAUUGGUGACCAAGUGGGCCGACGACUGGCGGGGAAGAGGAAGAGUCCGGAUACACAAAACGAGGAUCAUGGCAGCCGCAAGAGAAACUCGGGCGCUGGAAUCGCUGGAAUGGACGGAGUUGACGGGGUUGAUGAGCUUGGCAUGGGUCUAGAGAACUGGCCACGAGUUCUGGGCAAGUCCCGAUUGGGAAGCCAUGUUGCAGGAGCCAGGAGACGGGACGGGUGCCGGCGGGUUAUCCGGAGCAGCGAGACGUGGUCCCGCAAGGUUUUGGCAGACUUGGGCGAGCAGGCCAUCCUCAUUGACUGCGGUCUCAACGACGAGGAUGAGCUGGGAAUUUAA